AUGAGGGAGAAAGAGAGAAAGAAACUGAACGAAAUCACUUCAAAAACGAUAAGUCUCCUGAUUGCGUUGAUGCUGGGGUUGCAUGAUUCUGGAUUCCCGGCGCUGCCCGCGGCAAGUACAGUUAGGGAGAACCCUAUGAAGGUUGCCAUGGUGAAGAGUGAGUUGACGUUUACUAUGCCGUCGAGGGCUGUUACGUGGACGCUUGUCUUGGACCUUCCCGUGGUGGCAGUGGCGGAGGUGGUAGUGAUGACGAUGGGGUUUUGUGUAUCUAUUGAAGCGUUUGAUUGGGACUCAAUUCUGUUCAAACAACAAAAGGAAUUAGAUGUUGAAAACAAGAUUUAA